AUGGCGGGUAAAGGACAAUCUGAUGAGAAGCCAUCGUGCAAGGAUACAAGAUACACCAUUCCAAUGGUGUUUGCAACAGUAAAACCGUUACAAAUAUGUAAUCCCCUUAUGCUGGAGAUGCUAAAGCGAUGGUUACUGGCUCAGGAAUCUUUUCUUGUCAUGCAACGGUGUAUUCCAUUAAGUUGUGGUGAUAUCUCCAUGUGCUUAGGAUUGGGUGGUGUUGGGGUGGAUGUGGAAUUUGAUAAAAAUAUAUGUGGUGUUGUCGGGUCAGUUAUGAAAGAUAAAUUACUAACAGUUGAAAAUGUUAUUCAUGUCAUUAAGAGUUUGGUAGAGGCUAGGUUUGUUGAUGUUGAUAAUAUUUGCCGUUUAUAUAUUUUAGUUUGUUUUGCUGUCCUUUACUUCCCUAGGAAUUCAAGAACUAUUAGUAAUAUUCCGUUCAGUGUUUUAGACAAUAUAGAUAGGUUGUCCACUUACAACUGGGGUAAAGCAGUCCAUACCUAUCUGGUAAAAAGUUUAAGUCGUGCCUUUUUGGCACUUGGUCAAACAAAAAUCUGCUUAAGCGGCUCAACAAUAGUUUUGCAGUUGUGGGUUGUAGAACGGCUUCGAUUAUGUGCGUCAGAUGCAGAGUUUGUUUUUCCACGAAUUUUGGGCUGGACGGACUUUCAAUUAAAGAGAAGACGCGUUGAGAAGUUAUUUCAAGAGACCCAUAUUUUUUUGGAAUGGAGGUUGAGAGAAGAAGAUCAUGAGAAUGAAAUUAUUCGAGAAGCCUUGCAACUUGGAGACGAAGGGCAAUCCAAAAAAGCGCAUGUAGAUAACAAGGCUGCGUCGACGCAAGACUUGUUAAAGAAGCUGCGAAAGCAUGGAAGACGCCUACAGAAGUUGAAGAAGCACAUGACGGAAUUGCGUGAAGAAAUAUUGUCUAGAUCUCAUGUAGGGGAUGAAGAAGAAGGAGAAAAUGUUGACGAGAAGGGUGCGAAAGGUGUACACAAAAAAGGUGAUGUUGAGGUUGAGGUUGAAGAGCGUGAGCAGGAGGAUGAAAUUGGUGAACGUGUUCAUAAAGGUUUUGACUUGAAUUCUGAAUCUGAUGUUGCCCAGUUUGGGGAGGUUUUAGCACUUCAAGUCAUUGCUCCAUAUGAUCCACAACAGCUAUCAAUUAAUUCAUUAGGGGUUGACUUGAUGAAGUUGUACAACACUGUGACUUAUGACCGUACUCCUUACAGGUUGGUGGCCAAUAUAAAUGGCCAAAUUUUGGGCACCUCUGAAUGCUCUGGUUUUGGUCCUCCAAAUAAGGUGGACAAUAUGGCUGUUUUGUUCGGUGCAAGCACAAUGAUGUACUUUGAACGACGCAAAUAUGGUCAUGUUAAGCGAGUAGCUUUCAAUCCGUUAUAUGCGACUCAUGUUCUGCACGACUCACGAAGGAUGAAGAUUAAUAGACGGCAAUGGAUAUUGAAAGACUAUGAGGCUUACUUUCGUGCAGGAUUGAUUUCUGUAGAGGAUAUUGUGGAUGCUGAUUUUUUGUUUGCCCCAAUGGUGCAUGAAGGUCAUUGGUGGUGCUAUGCUGUAAAUUGUCAACAGAAGAAGCUUUAUGUGUUGGAUUCAAUUGGACAUUCGAAUAAAAAUCGCAAAAGAGUAGACAACGCUAUUGCUCAUAAUAUGGGAUUGCUUUUUGGUAUGCUGUUGAAAUGUGGUGAUGAUGAAUAUCCAAUAUUUGAAGCAGAAUGCCACAAUACUCCUAUUCAACCAAACUUGUAUGACUGUGGCAUUAUUGUUUUUCAAAUGAUGGAGUUGUGGGAUGGUGAAAAGAAAUUUGAUGACAAUACCAUGCCCAACUACACCAAUGACCAACUACAACAGAUUAGGCAACAAUACAUAUGGAAAUGGAUUUUAGAUGUAGACAACAUUCAGAGGCAAGAUGUGCUACAGUACUAUGAGUUGUUAGUUAGACGUUAG